UCUGGACCACUCACUACUGCGGAGUAUGUCACCCCCUGGAGUCGUGUUUUCCCGCCUUUCACUGACGCCGCCGCCUGAACAGACCUCAAGGCCGCAGGUGUUUUGCUCCCCUGCGAGGUGUGCCACAAGACACGGGCAGGGCGCACUGGGCUGCUACAUCCCCUCCCCCACUUCGUCUCCCACUUUACAACCUUAAUUAAGAGCGUAUAACUUUUCAACAUCUUCAGGAGAUCGUGUUUGUGGGAACAGACAGUCAGAGGGAGAGAGGAGGACAGUUUUGUUGUACAUGUGACAACUGAAACCUAAAUAGACAACGAGGUCGAAUCGGAAUUUCAUGAGACACUCGACUGAUACAGAGUUGAGGCUGAGACCGCCCUCCCCCUCCGCCUGUUGCCUCUCUCCAACUCUCGUCCUCCCAUCAGUGCUCUGUGAGCGGUGGACGGGGAAGGAUUGUAGCGCGCUCCGCCUGUCUCUAAGAGUGAAUCCCAGCAACUAGCGCCUUAAAUGUAGUUUUCCCUUUGAGGGACUGGCCGUGAGUAGGUCGCUGGAGAGUGAGAUCAAGGCUUCACGAAUGCCAGUGACCGCUGAGACCCGAAAAAUCAAGUGUCAGGAAGUUAGACAUCGAGGAUUCACGUGGCUGUGUUGUUGUUAGAGUGUGUGGACGUGUGUGUCUGAGUGUGUGUGUGCGUGUGUGUGUUGCAGCAGCCAGCCAGGAGUCCCACCAGCCGAGACGACCUUCGAUAGCCUCUCCCUAUCUCCCCCUCUGCUGGUGGUGCUGUUGCUCUUCCUGCUGGCCUCGCACCCCCUGCUGCCGGUGUGCUGCUGCUGUUACUGCUGUUGAUCUCACGGCACCAGCCACUGACCAGAAUGACACCGAGGUGUAGGUAGCGGAUCCCUUCCCCGCCCACCACCAUGAAGGGGGAUACGCGGGGGCCCCCUCCUGCCCCUCAUAGGACACCCCCCUUCCUGUCUCUGCUGGUCGGGGGACGCUCUCUGCUAGCCCCCGUCCUCCUGCUGCUGCUGCUGUUGGUGUACAGCUGCUGGAUCCUCCCUGCGCGGGCUGACCAAUGCAUGGGGUUGGCCAAGAAUGGAAAGUCAUUACCACCGCGCCGCUACUUGUACCAUCCCUGGAAACAGCAGGAGCUCCCUAUCAAGCUGGACACCUCAGAGCGCCUCUCCCACCAGCUGGCCACCGCCCUCACCAAGAUCCUUCUGCAGGAGGGGCUGGGCUACCAGAACGUCACCAUUACACAGUAUCCCAGCACCUUCAACCACAACCGGGUACUUGGCCGCCUCAAGGCUCAUUCUCAAAAUGAAAUCCCCGAGGUGAUGCUCAACAUGGAAGUUUGGAUCCCCCCCACCGUGAGUGACCUCAAUAUCACUGCUGAUAGUGACGGUGGGAAGCACUUAUCAGGAGGAAGGUUUGGCUGGUUUGUGUCCAAGAACAGCUCAACCCGGCCAGGCAUCAUCACUGACCACUGGCGGUCCUUCCAACAAGAUGAGGUGGCAGAGAUCUUCUCCCUCCUGCCACAAGAGGAGUAUGACCUCCGCCACAACUACACCAUUGACACCAUCCACAGCACUCCCUCACGGAAAAGGUACUGGUGUGAAGAAGAAUACUGCAAUGAGGGCGUGUUCACCCCUCCAUUGUGUGCCGGCCGAAAGUGUGCCACACUCAUCAUUGGCAACCACAGUGACUACAAUGAAUUCCUGAAGGAGCAAGUAGAGAAAGAGAGACUCCUUGUGCAGCUAGCCUGGGUGGGGCCAAACCUUACACCACAGUUCCUUUGCUUCUUUAGGGGGGAGAAGCCAAUCAUGUUUUUUGACUGGUGGCCUAACUCCCUCUCCAACUUAGAUAAUUUUAUGCCUAUAUCCUUCCCAUCUUGCUACAGUUCCUACAGCGUAAAUCCUUACCUCUGCAACUAUGAGCUUCAUGCCCUCAAGAAGUACAUGUGGAGGAAACUAAGGAAGUCUGCCAAGCCAGUCGUUGAGGCCGUCAGACGGUUUUUCCUGAGUGAGCAGCACUAUCGGGAGUUGAUUGGUAACUUCACUGCCCGCACUCAAAACUGCUCCAGCAACACCACAGCACUGCAGGUGCAUAACCAGAGCCAGUUGGUGAAUGAAGUUGCUUGUGAUUGGCUGAAGGCUCGUGGAAAGUCUGUGUGGUACGACUGGCUGCCUGUGGAGCAUGAUGCCAAGACUGUCCUCUGGAUAGGCGGCAUUUUCCCCAUGAGCAAUGAGAGCAAUGUGGGAUUCUACCGCAAGUCCCUUGUCAAUGCUGCUCAACUGGCAUACAAACGAAUCAAUGAGAAUCCAGACAUCCUGCAGGACUAUGAGAUAAAAGUGAUCAAUCUGAAUGGAGGCUGCCGGCGAGAGACAGUGCUGACGGCCUUCAUGCACCACAUCCGCAAGGAGUCUGCUGAUGUGGACUUUGCACAGAUGAUUGGCAUUCUUGGCCCGGCAUGUUCUGACACACUUGAGACACUGGUGGGUGUUGCCGAGACCUUCAAGACAGUGGUGAUGUCGUACAGUGCUGAAGGAGCCAUCUUCAACUACUCCAAAUACCCAUACUUCUUCAGAACCAUCCCAGAAAACAAAAUAUAUGGAACGGUGUACAAGAAAUUAUUCCAGCAGCUACAGUGGAAGCAGGUUGGGGCUCUGACUGAGGACAGCAACAAGUACAGUGAGUACCUGUCAGACCUGCUGUACAAUGUGACUGACAAGCUGAAGGUUACCAACGUAAAAAUGAAAACCAGUGGUGAUAUAGAAGAAAGGCUCAAGAAAUUGCAGACCCACAAGAUUAUCAUUGGUGACUUUUAUGCCAACAAAGCUCGGGAAGUUCUUUGCGAGGCUUACCGCCUCAACAUGACAGCUGAGUAUGGCUACGUCUGGUUUCUCCCUCGCUGGUUUAACACAAACUGGUACAACACAAGCAUAUACAGUGGUAAGGACCGCAAGAGGCUUCCAUGUACCACUGCACAGAUGCUGAAGGCCAUUGAUCGCCACAUGAGCCUUGGCUUUGCCUACUAUGCACCUGACAAUGUCACCAACUGUGAGAACAUGACGGUUGCAGAGUGGCGGGAAGUGUACAGGCGCAAAAUGAACAACACCCCUCCAGAUUAUGCUGGCUACACCUAUGAUGCUGUGUGGGCGUAUGCACUUGCCCUUGACAGGUUGCUCAAGGAGGACAGGACACACGUCUCCAACUUUCACACCUUCCGGACUGUGGAGAGAUUCUCUGAAAUCAUUUCCAAAACUAGCUUCAGUGGAGUGUCAGGCAUGAUCAACUUCCGCAAGAAUUCCUCAGACCCUAACAACAACAUCUCAGACACGCAGCUGGUGAACAUCAUGCAGUUUGUGGUUGAUGAUGAUAAGAAGGGAGGCUCCUAUGUCACCGUGGGGACCUUCAACCCUCAAGGAUCUAAGCUUGACCUUGACCUGGGUGACCUGAGAUUCUUGCAAGGAAUCCCCAAAGAUGGCUUGGUUGAGGACACCUGCUUAUUUGAAACAUUCAGCCGAUGGUUGAAUGUGGAGUGUGACCAGGCCAUCAUCAUUGUUAUGGUGUUGAUCUUUGUGGUCUUUGCAUUCAUCCUCAUUGCCCUUUUCAUUGUGUACAAAAGGAGGUUUGAAAAUAUGAUUCCUGAGUCCGGAUGGUCUAUUGGAGAACUCAUGCCCCUGGAUGAGUGGGAGUUGCCACGGGAGAAGGUGGUCAUUAACCGCACCAUUGGAGAGGGAGCAUUUGGUACAGUGUUUGGAGGUGAAUGUCAGUUUGCUGACAACUCCCCCUGGCUGGCAGUGGCCGUCAAGACGCUCAAGGUUGGUUCCACUGUGGAGGAGAAGUUGGAUUUUCUGGGUGAGGCAGAGAUGAUGAAGAGAUUCAAUCACAGGAACAUUGUGCAGCUGUUGGGACUCUGCACUCACCAGGAGCCCAUCUAUAUGGUCAUGGAAUUCAUGUUGUAUGGUGACCUCAAAACAUACUUGUUGGCCCGUCGCCACUUGGUGUCUGAUAGAACGGUACACUCAGAGGAGGAUGAGAUCAAUAGCAAGCGUCUUACCUCCAUGGCUCUCGAUGUCUGCUGUGCCCUUGCUUAUUUGGCUGAACUAAAAUAUGUGCACAGGGAUGUUGCAUGCAGGAACUGUCUAGUGAGUGCUGAGCGGGUUGUGAAACUCUCUGAUUUUGGCAUGACCCGACCCAUGUAUGAGAGCGACUACUACAGAUUCAACAGGAGAGGUAUGCUGCCAGUUCGAUGGAUGUCUCCUGAGAGCCUAGAAGAUGGCAUCUUUACAAGCAGCAGUGAUAUGUGGUCCUAUGGGGUGCUGCUUUAUGAGAUCAUCACCUUCGGAAGCUUUCCAUUCCAGGGUAUGUCCAACAACCAGGUGUUAGAGCAUGUACGCAGUGGCAACACCAUUUCCCUUCCCAAGAGUGUCAAGCCUCAGUUAGAGCGGCUGCUGUUGAGUUGCUGGAGCAUGAACCCUCAGCAACGGCCAACCUUCACUGAGAUGGCCGAGACACUCAACAUGUGGCCCCGCCUCAUCACACCCUGUCUGGAGCUGCCCACUGCUGCCAUCCAAAUCAAUGACACAGACUCAGUAGAUUUAGCAUUGCCCACCGACCAGCCUUGCCGCCGCAGCUCUGCUCCAAACACACGCCUUCCCACCGCACGGCCACGUCUCACUGAUGCCGAUUCAUGCACCAACAAUAAUGCCACACCCAACUGUGUGCUACAGAGCAGGCCAGGGAACACACAGGCUUCAAACCUCUUUGGUUCCUUUAGCUGGAACCACGUGCCUCAGGAGAAUGGUGGUGGACCCUCAAAGGAGCCACUGCUGCCUCAGAAUGGCGAGGCAUAUGUGACGCGAUAUGUGUGUCUCCAGCGCACCAAAUCUGGAGAGAACAGUGAGCUUGAGUCACCCUCCAGCAUGACAGCUGUCUGACUCAGCUCAUCUCCUGGCACUUGGGUGCUGACCAGUGCUGUGUGAAAAUCUGCGAUACCAGUGAUUGUGCUGCUGUAGCUGGAAUGUGUUAUGUUUGUCAGAAUAUUGCUAGCAAACUAUGAACACUUGAAUACUCAGGACCAGUGCUAAGAGUACUAGGAAGUGUUAGGAGAAAUAGUUUCCAAGGAUUCAUUACCCAGACUCAGAGCACUACAGACCUCAUUUUCCCUUUAAGGGAGAACUUAAGAUGCAUUAAUAUACUUGCCACACUAGACACUCCUCAGUGUAAAAAGCAAGAAUGUGGCAGCCAUUAUACGUAUCAAAGCCAAUAGAUGUAAGUAGAGUUCCCUUCACCUUGUGCAUGUCUGCACAGAAAAUAAGGCAGAUUAGUCAUUCAUAAGUGAAAAUGUAUUGUGCAAUUUUUAUAGUUUAUCUGCUUUACAAGAUGUGUGAACUAUUGAAAAUGGUUCUUUAUAUAUUGCUGUGUGUAUAUCAGAGAUAUUUAUAGUGUGAUAAAAGUGGUGGCGUACAUAUAUACGUGAAGAGAGACCAAUAUCAGAAUGCUAGUGAAUAUUAGAGACAAGAUCUGAUGUUGCCAGAUAAGACAGUGUUGUAAAAACUUUGUGUUCACAUGCAACACUGAAGGCUUGAUGCUUUGCAUGUCGGCCUCCAAAUUUAUUCAUAAAGUCAAGGCUAGAGUGGAAGUGUAACUUUAGUCUAAAUGUUUGAUAAUGGUGACGGUUGUGGGCCACUCCACACAUCUCGUCCAUCAUAGUCUUUGAUUCUGGUCAUACACAGGUCAUGGGAGUCAUUUCACAAUUACCAAGUUGUUAAAAUUGUAGACAAAUCCACUCAAUCACAGAAUGAAAGGAUUUCGCAGAUCCUGAUUUAAUUGUUCUUACCGUGAGGUGCCAAACAUGUACAAAUUACAACUCUAGUGUUGAGUAACUCCUAGCCUCAUUUGUAUAGUUCCUGAUCACCUGCCUCAAGAGGGAGAUGUCAUUAUUUUUAGGGGACAAACACAACUUUCUUUGCUCAGACAUACAAAUUAUGUGUAGAAACAAAUUUGGAUAGAAUUUAGAGUUUUGAAAAGUGUAGAAGAUAUUAGUUUUAUCAAGAUUUUAUAUACAUGACUUAUUUUUGCUCAUGAGAUUGAGAAUUAUUGACUAUGAAAGCAACUAAUAUUACGAAUGUCUGCAAUUCCAAUUUAUUUUUGUAAGCAGUAUAUCAUUGUCCAUCCAAAGUGUGUAUGGGUGACAUGUGGGCUGCAGUCCUGCCUCAGCCAUGCACAUGCGACAACCAGGAGGGUAGAGUGAGGAGUAGGAGUAAAGAUAUAUUUAUUACUUACACACGAGAUAAACAAUGUAGAUAGUAGGAGGAAAAGUGAAGUAAGGUCUCCCUGCUGGUAGUGAGGCAUUGCUGAGUCAGGUAGAGCACCUUCAGCCCCAAAUAUACACUGUUAUCAUUAACAUAAAGGUGUUGAUAGCAUGAUGAUUAUUGUAUAUGUAGGUGGUGUACAUAAGGGCCAGAUACACACAUAUGGGAAUUUAUUUGCUCAUUGGGAUGGUUGUGACUGAGCUAUGUAUGAGUGUGUGUGUGUGUGUGUGUGUGUGUGUGUGUGUGUGUGUGUGUGUGUGUGUGUGUGUGUGUGUGUGUGUGUGUGUGUGUGUGUGCAUGGCUGCAUGUGUGUGUGUGUGUGUGUGUGUGCAUGGCCGCAUGUGUGUGUGUGUUUUUGUGUCUGUCUGUCUGGCCGCAGGUCGUAGUAAAUAAUGUUAUGUGUCACCUCAUUCAUCACUAUUUAAUGGAUAUUUUUAUGACAGCACAUGCGAUGUAAAAUGACCUAUGUGAGUGGAUGACUUGCGUAUAACGAAUAAUAAAAUAUGUUCAACUGUU